UUGAGGACAGAAAAUGGCGACGGCGGGGAGCCGGACCUCGUCGUUAAGCGGAUUAAUAGACUCCAAUAACGGCACAAACGUCGGGAAUGGACCUCAGGGAAGCUCCAGUGGCUCCGGUCUUCUAAGCAGCAACGGGAAAGUGAGGAGAAAUGCAGGGGAAAGUUCGCAGUGGAGGCGGAAGGUGAGGAGUGUAGAUCUGGAUAAAUGCGAGAGCGGGACGGCGGCGCUGCACUUCCUCACGGUGUCCGGUCCCGGCUUGGUCCAGAGCGCAUUACUGCAGCAGAGCCUCACCGAACCGCCGCUCGGCGACAAAACCAGCAAUAAUCUGUGUAACAGUGCUCAGGAAUGGAUGAAAAGCUCUUUAAAGAGCAGCAGCGAGGGUCUGAGCAAUGAACAUGGAGGAACUGUUGCAGCGGACGUGAACACUUCACACAUCAGUAGUGACAUGGACAGUAAGGAGACUCCGCGUGGACUGCAGAAGAUGGAGGACCGGCCGGAGGAGCGUUUGAUUAGAGAAAAGCUCAAGGCCACCUGUAUGCCCACCUGGAAGAGCGAGUGGCUGGAAAGACGUAGCAGGAGAGGGCCGAUGGUCGUGAAGCCCAUCCCUUUGCGAGCAGACGGCACUGAAGCCGGCAGUGACGGUCACAACUCGCCUUCAUCUCACAGCAGAACUCAUCGCAGCCCAUCACCUGGACCUUCGUCUUUCUCUGCCUCCUCAUCCUCAUCUUCAUCCACUAAGACUGCAGGGAAGUCAGAUUCUCCCGGCCUACGCAGACGGAGGGGGUCCCCGCUUCCUAGCGGAAGGGUUACACCGCCUCGGAGAGCACCCUCCCCUGAUGGCUUUUCUCCAUACAGUCCAGAGGAGACCAACCGCAGGGUCAACAAGGUCAUGAGGGCGCGCCUAUACCUGCUGCAGCAGAUAGGACCUAAUUCAUUUUUGAUUGGCGGAGACAGUCCUGACAACAAAUUCCGGGUGUUCAUUGGUCCACAGACAUGUAGCUGUGGCCGCGGGACAUUCUGUAUCCAUAUACUUUUCGUCAUGCUCAGAGUUUUCCAGCUGGAGCCAUCAGAUACCCUGCUGUGGAGAAAGACCCUCAAGAACUUUGAGGUGGAGAGCUUGUUUCAGAAGUAUCACAAUCGCCGCAGCUCACGCAUCAAAGCUCCCUCUCGCAGCACCAUCCAGAAGUUUGUGUCUCGCAUGUCCAACUCUCACAUGUCUUGCACCUCCAGCACCUCCCCAUCCAGCAAUGAAAGCAGUAUGAAGGACGAGGAGGAGCAGAUGUGUCCCAUUUGUCUGCUGGACAUGCUGGAUGAGGAAAGUCUGACGGUAUGUGAGGAAGGCUGCAGAAAUAAACUCCACCAUCACUGCAUGUCUAUAUGGGCCGAGGAGUGUCGGAGAAAUCACGAUCCUUUAAUCUGCCCUCUGUGUCGAGCCAAGUGGAAGUCUCAUGAUUUUUACAGUUUUGAUCAGUCAUCAACAGUGGAAAGCACAAGCCGCUCUCAAAGUCAAACAGCAUCUUCCUCCUCCUCAUCUCUUCAUGCUGAGAGCUCUAGAUCGGGGCAGGAUGGCGACUUCUCUCUUCCACAAUAUGGAGUUCAGCACAUCCCUCAAACAUACUCAGACCUCGCCGAACCUUGGAUCAAGGUGUUUGGCUUGGAGCUGGUGGGCUGUCUCUUUUCCCGGAACUGGAACAUCAGAGAAAUGGCUCUUCGGCGGCUGUCGCAUGACGUGAGCGGUGCUCUCCUGCUGGCCAAUGGUGAGCAUUCAUUGGCUGGAGCAGCGCUGGGUACAGCUGCAGGGGAGGUGUCAGGAGACGUGGUGGUGGAGUCCUGCUGUAGCGUAUUGUCCAUGGUCUGCGCAGACCCUGUCUACAAAGUCUACGUUGCGGCACUGAAAACCCUGCGAGCGAUGCUGGUGUACACCCCCUGUCACACACACUCAGAGCGCAGUCGAUUACAGCAGCUGCUGCGGCCCGUGGUGGAGACCAUACUGGUCAAGUGUGCAGACGCUAACAGUCGAACCAGUCAGCUGUCUGUGUCCACUCUACUGGAGCUGUGUAAGGGUCAGAUGGGUGAACUCGCUGUGGGGAGAGAAAUCCUCAAAGCAGGCUCUCUUGGUAUUGGUGGAGUUGAUUACAUGCUGAACUGUAUCUUGGGCUCUAAAACGGAGGCUAAUAACUGGCAGGCGCUGCUAGGUCGACUGUGUCUGAUCGACAGACUCUUACUGGAGUUUCCUGCUGAAUUCUACCCUCAUAUAGUGGCAGCCAGAGAAUGCAGCCAGGCCCAAAACAUUGUGGAGAGGUACCAGAAGCUGCUGCCUCUUCUAAGUUUUGCGCUACAGUCCAUCGAUAACUCUCACUCGAUGGUGGGUAAGCUUUCCCGUCGCGUCUUCCUGAGCGCUGCCCGUAUGGUGGCUCGUGUGCCUCAUGUCUUUGUUAAGCUACUGGACAUGCUCAACGUCACCAGCUCCACUCACUAUGCCCGCAUGCGCCGCCGUCUCCUCGCCAUCGCUGAGGAGAUGGACAUCCUGGAAACCAUUCAUCUGGGUCUAAAUGACCUCCAGACCGGUCAUAGCUCGCACUCUGAUGCCUUCCUAGAACCCUCAGCUCCAAAUAACUCCCCUUGUACCACUGAAAGGUACUCCCCCACCCAUGGCCUACAUCAGCCCACCACCAAGGUGCCGCGUCCAGGUCAAGUUAGUUCCAAUCCUGUGGAUGAUAUAACAGAGACACUCUCAACUGUUGUCACAAGCCCUGCUGAAUUUCCAAAGCCCCCCGUUCAAGCCCGGAACAGACCUACAAGUCAGUGUUUGAACUCACCCUCGUCCAGUCAUCCCCCAACCCUUCCCUCAUUGUUCAACGCCUUAGCAUUCCCUCCAGACAACCCCAAAGCCCUGCCGCAUAGUUUCAUGCCCAACAAAUUGGCCCAUUCCUCACCGGGAACCCAGCGCAAGUUAUUGUUGCAGAAGGGAGUAUGUGGAGGGGUUUGUAGUGGUAAGGACCCAGAGAAGCUGCCAAGCUCCUCUGCAUUUACUCGAGCUCGGCCACUGCCCUCAAAUCAGAUCCACUGGCCCAGACCUACUCGACCUUCUACUGCUGCCUCAUCUGAUGGAGCUAAAGCUUUAAGCCUGGAGAUGAAGAGCAACAUGAAACUGGACCUUCAGGUGGUCAGGUCUGGAGACAAUGUGGCCUGCGGUGGAAGAUCUGCUUUUAUCCCCAGCGAGGAAACAGUCUUCACACCGGUGGAAGAGAAGUUCUGUGGUCUCAAGGCUUUGGCCGAGCUCAACUCUAGCAUGGAGGACCUGUUGGAAGCCUCCAUACCUGCGGCAGACACCACCGUCACCUUCCAGUCCGAAGUGGCAGUGCUGUCACCGGAGCAGGCGAAUGAAAAUGAUGACACAUACAGUGAGGAUGUGACCCAGAACCAGAAGUGCAAGGAGAAAAUGGAAGCCGAGGAGGAGGCAGCCCUGGCGGUGGCCAUAGCCAUAUCAGAGUCCCAAGAUGCCCUGCCCAUCAUCCCACAGUUACAGGUGGAGAAAGGAGAAGACGUGAUCAUUAUUCAGGUGGAUACACCAGAGACUCUGCCUGGUCAUACCAAAGCAAAGCAGCCUUACAGGGAGGGCAUGGACUGGCUCAAGGGUCAACAGAUCGGCCUGGGUGCCUUCUCUUCAUGUUACCAGGCUCAGGAUGUGGGAACUGGCACACUGAUGGCUGUCAAACAGGUGACAUAUGUGAGGAACACCUCCUCAGAGCAGGAAGAGGUGGUGGAGGCACUGCGAGAGGAGAUUCGAAUGAUGGACCUCCUCAAUCACCCAAACAUCAUCCGGAUGCUUGGAGCAACCUGCGAGAAGAACAACUACAACCUUUUUGUCGAGUGGAUGGCUGGUGGUUCUGUAUCUCAUCUCUUAAACAAAUAUGGUGCCUUUAAGGAGGGUGUGGUCAUCAACUACACCGAGCAGCUCUUGCGAGGUCUCGCCUACCUCCACGAGAACCAGAUCAUCCACCGGGACAUCAAAGGUGCCAAUCUGCUCAUUGACAGCACAGGCCAGAGGCUGCGGAUCGCUGAUUUUGGGGCUGCGGCGCGUCUGGCCUCUAAAGCCACAGGUGCAGGAGAGUUCCAGGGUCAGCUCUUGGGGACCAUCGCCUUUAUGGCUCCAGAGGUGUUGAGGGGGCAGCAAUACGGUCGCAGCUGUGAUGUUUGGAGUGUGGGCUGUGCUAUUAUAGAGAUGUCCUGUGCUAAACCUCCAUGGAAUGCUGAGAAACACUCCAACCAUCUAGCACUCAUAUUCAAGAUGAAAGAAAGUCAUAGGGGUCUGCAAAAACAUGAAGAUCGCCAGUGCUACCACAGCACCCAAUAUCCCCCCACACCUGUCACCCGGCCUACGGGACGUUACCCUGCGCUGCCUCGAGCUUCAGCCCUCCGACCGGCCGCCCUCCAGAGAGCUGCUGAAGCACCCCAUCUUCCGCCACAGCUGGUAGAAUCUGUCUUCAUCUGCCAAGACGUUAUACUACUGAGGGCCGCAUCUGGCCUGUGCCUCGUACUGUCAUGUUCUGUGCUAGUUCAGUCACAUUCAACAGGUCCCACAAUACUGUGUCAUGAUGCAUAAAACAUGGCUACAGGAAUAAGAGUGUCUGUAUAAAAGUGCCAUUUCUGUUAGUUAAGAUUUCUUCAUUCGUUUAUGCAUUUAGCCCACACUUUUAUCCAAAGCGACUUGCAAACGAAUUUUCCUAACAGAAUGGUUGAAAAUCUGCACAUCUUUAUUUUUAGAGGGGUCAAUCUGUUUCGGUCAGUUAAGGUGGAUGAAGAACUUUGUUGAAGAAGCAACGAGUGUCAUCAUUAUGUCAUUAUUUACGCAACCUUAUUUUCUUCCCAAACUAUAUUGUGUUAUUUUUUUCUGUGGAACACAAAAGUAAAAAUGUCAAAAGAAUAGUUUAGCAGGACCAUCUGCCAAUGAUUAUGUUUCGCCCAUGUUCGCAUCUAGAAUUAAAAAGUGCUGUGUCUUGUUUAAUUAUUAAACAUUACCAAUGCCAUUUUGGUGUCAGUAAUGUUGGUCAGACGAGCUUCAGCAGAGGGCAGCAUUAUCAGUGAAUGAUGAUUUAACGUAUGACUUCAGAAGAAUUUGAGACACGUGAUCACUGUGAACUGUUGUUGCAUGGAAAAGAGCUAUGUAAUGAUUCUUCAAAAAUGGGUAUUUUUAUGUUCCAUGGACAAAAUAACAGCAUAUGGGUUUGGAAUAACAUGAGGGUGAGUAAAUGAUGGAACAGUUGAAAGAACAUUCUAGAAGCAAGUUUAAUGGCCCCUAUGUUAAAGGAAUUAUUCCGAGUUCAAUACUAGUUAAACUAAUUCUCACAUUGUUUGCUCACCCUCAUGAUAUCCCAGGUGUGUAUGACUUUCUUUCUUCGCCAGA